AUGACGCUUGCAUUGUUCAGUGUUCCGUUGUCAGUGGACGCCGUCAAGAUUAACCCGUACGAGGAGUUGGAUCGCGCGGUGACACCCCGAGGGGUGCGCCGACGCCAGUUCGUCAAGGGAUGGAAGAAGACGAUGGGUGUUAUAUCUAAGACGUUUGGUGUCGUGUUCAGUCUCCUAUUCGAACAGGAGAUUAUGAGCUACGUACCCGCGACCGGUUGCAGUUCCAGUGUAGUCCCCUCCCCUGUGGCGUCGCCAGCUGCUGCCAGAAGUACCAGAGCCCCAGCGCCGCAGAGGAGAGAUUUUGAGGCGAAGUUACGCGCCUUCUACCGUAAGCUAGAGAGCAAAGGAUACGGACAGGGCCCAGGGAAACUAAAGCUCCACAUACGCCGUGAACAUCUUCUAGAAGACGCGUUCAGGCGCAUCAUGUCGUGCAGCAAGAAGGAACUGCAGAAGGGCAAGCUCUGCGUUAUAUGGGACGGAGAAGAAGGUCUAGACUACGGCGGGCCGAGCAGGGAAUUCUUCUUCCUCCUAUCAAGAGAGCUGUUCAACCCCUACUACGGACUCUUUGAAUAUUCCGCAAAUGACACAUACACGGUCCACGUAUCCCCUAUGUCGGCUUUCGUCGACAACCAUCAUGAAUGGUUUAGAUUUUCCGGUCGAGUGCUAGGCUUAGCUCUAGUGCACGGUUUUCUACUGGAGGCCUGGUUCACUCGGGCGCUGUACCGGGCCCUCUUGCGUCUAUCGCCGGCGUUAGAAGAUGUAGACGCUUUGGAUGCUCAGUUCGCCGCUUCGCUUCGGUGGUUACAGUCAGCACGUUGCGUGUCAUCGUUAGAACUGACGUUCGCGGUGUCAGAACGUCUGGCGGACGGACGCGUACUGGAGCGCGAAUUAAAGCCAGGAGGGCGGGACGUUCCGGUAACGGAACGGAAUAAGAAAGAAUACCUGGAGAAGCUGGUGCGGUGGCGGGUGGAACGUGGAGUCGCUGAACAGAGUGAAUGGCUGGUGCGCGGAUUUCAUGAGGUGGUAGAUCCAAGAUUAGUCGGCGCGUUUGAUGCUCGCGAACUCGAACUGGUGAUAGCUGGCGCCCCCGAAUUGGAUGUGGCCGAUUGGAGAAACAAUACAGAAUACCGUGGCGGGUACCACGACGCGCAUCCCGUUAUUGUCUGGUUCUGGCAGGCGAUCGAUAGAUUCACGAACGAACAGCGCCUGCGCCUCGUGCAGUUUGUCACAGGAACAUCAUCGAUACCGUACGAAGGGUUCUCCGCGUUGCGCGGAUCGACCGGCCCCAGACGGUUCUGCAUAGAGCGGUGGGGUCGCGUUGAAUCGCUACCACGAGCUCACACUUGCUUCAAUCGCCUAGAUCUGCCGCCGUAUCCCACGCCUCAGCUGCUCCACGAAAAACUGCUACUAGCCGUAGAAGAAACUAAUACAUUCGGAAUCGAAUAG